AUGUUUAUUUCUUCUUCGUCCACUUCACCCACAACUCUAUCACCUUUGUCACCAUAUUUACAAAUAGGAUCGUCAACACAAUCACAGCCUCCAGCUCGAUCCACGUCUCCUCUAUUACAGUCAUUGUCUCCUUCAGUACAACAGAUGAAACCUCAGUCAUCAUCUCCUCAACUACAACCGAUGAAAACUCAGUCAUCAUCUCCUCAACUACAACCGAUGAAAACUCAGUCAUCAUCUCCUCAAUUACAACCGAUGAAACCUCAGUCAUCAUCUCCUCAACUACAACCGAUGAAAUCUAUAUUGUCAUCACAACAAACGAAAACUCAAUCUCUAGCUAAUCCGGGAACACCCAUUCAAUUACGACCUACGUCACCGUUGCAGCAUUCGAAAACUCUAUCUAUGUCUUCACCACAAUUGUCUUCAUCAAGACCUUUGUCUCCCACACAAAAAUCAACUCGACCUAUAUCUCCUUCAUCGCGACCUCAGACUCCACAACCAACGAAAUAUCAAUCUUUUCAUCCUCCAGCAAUAUCUCCACCACAUACACCACCACAAUCUCCACGGAUGCAAGUACAUUCAGCACAUUCUCUGAGUCAUCAACGAUCUCUAACUUCGGUUCAACAGACACAAUCACGGUCUAUGUCCCCUCAGCCACGAGAAGAACAGAAUUAUUUAUCUCCAACACCAGAGCUCUUCACAUUUCCGUCACCGUCACCACCAAGAUCUCCAAAAAUACAAGUUUAUCCCCCCUCUGUUGUUUCAACUAUUAAUAUUAAUCGAGCAUCACCUGAAAAUUCAUCCCCCAUCUUAGAGCCUUUUAAUUUAAAACAGAACCAUUUAUUCACCUUAGUGUCAAGAACUGAUUUAGCGUUAAUAUCCGGUUGGAUCGAUGGUUUAGAUCUAUCAUCGCCUGAUGAUGCAGCUUACGCUGUUACAGAUGAUGAUGAGAUAUUAGAAAAUAAUUUAGCUUGUAAAUAUAAUAUAAGUAAUCGUAAUUUAAUAAUUCAUACUACUCCAUUGAAACAUAAAUCAAUGUUUAUGAAAGAGGGUGAAGUUAAAUGUAAACCUCAUUGCUACUCUUUAGAUUUAUUAGAAAAAAUUGAUGGCGUCAUGGAUUUAUAUGAUAAUGAAUAUGUAAAGACUUAUAAGAUAGAGGAAUAUGAG